AUAACACAGCGAGGGCGGGAGCAAUCGCACUGAAAUGUCUUGAUGUCUGCGCCGCGGAGCAGCCGCCGCCUGGCCCGGGGCCAGUCCUCUGUCAGCGGCGCUCUUCAGGGCGGAGACCCGGCGCGGUGGGCGUUGAGUCGGUGUUUUCUCCCUCCUCCACGUUAAAGUCUCAGCAGGAAGUGCUGCGCUGACAGACAGACAGACAGUCACCUGCUUUGGCUGCAAUUACCUUAACCAGGUACAAUUUGUUCCACAUUUAGCGCAUCAGACAGAUCCACAUCUAAAAGGCAGAGUUGGUGGAAGUGAGUCCACCAUGGAGCCCAAAGCUGCAUCAAAUGAGAAGUUUUUCAUUGUCGUCCGCGGGAAGUCCAGGAAAGGGUUCUCCCGAGGAUGUAUUGGUCGCGUGGAGUCGGAGAACGAGCGUGGGGAGGUGACGGUUCUCCUGUACGGAUGCGGCAGCAGCGCGGGGACCCCCAAGAACAGAGGCGUCCUGAAGAGGGAGGACACGUGCCCGCUGACGCGCCACCAGGCCCAGCUGCUGCUCUACAUCUCCAGUGUCAGCAAACGCUUCGAGCUCAUGUGCAACACCCGGCUCUUCAACGCCAUCUGUGCGCUUACCCAGAACGACCUGGUGGUGGUCAGGCACAAAAAGGGACACCUGCCGGGGAUGGUGAAGAACCUGAUGCAGAUUGGAAAGAAGGAGAACAAAGAUGACCUGCACAUGCUUGGCUUUGAGGUGGACUUUGUGAACAAUGAUCACACUUUGUCAUCCAAGAAAGCUGCUACGAUGCAACUCUUCAGUGCAGCAGACAUCAUUCAAGUGAUUCCAUCCAACUCCAACCCCUUUGAAUUUCACUGGAGUGAUGGCAGUGGAAGUUUAAGCAAAAAAACACUGAGUCGUAUCCAGUCCAUGCCCAACAUGGAAACACGCACAAAACAAGAUGUGGAGAACCUGAGAGAGCAGAAGAUUGUUCAGAACCAGCGAACGGAUUCCCCUCAGGCACGCCUGGAGGUGGGAUCCAUGGUGGAGGUUGUUUCCGACAGUGGAGUCACUGUUUAUGGAGUCAUCCGGUGGCUCGGCAUCCCAGAAGAGAAGAAGAAAGAGUGGGCUGGGAUUGAACUGGACUACGAGGUUAAUGGCUGCUCUGAUGGGAAGUACGGAGGCCGGAGAUAUUUCACCUGUGAAGGCAAUAGAGCUUUGUUUCUUCCCAUCACAAAGUGCAGCCCUGACAGCCGCUUCUUCUGCUCGUCAACAGAAAAACACAAACUCACAGAAAUUCCUUCAGUUCCUCCUUAUGAGGAGCUGGAGGAGGACGCACCGCCUGUUCCAGAAUCCGAGGCGCUGUCUCUAUUUUUGGGUCGAAUGAAGGGCAUACAGGGCCACAUUAAUUCUUGUUACCUGGAUGCGACACUCUUCAGUUUGUUCAGUUCAUCUGUUGUGGUGGAUCGGAUCUGCCAGAAGCCCACUGACCCACAGCAACCCCUAAACUGCACUCUGAGAACAAUAGUCAAUCGUUUACGCAGACAGGGGUUUGUGCCUGCAGAGAGUGUGAUGAAUUUUCGAAAACAGCUUGGCUGUGACACUUUCAGGACUGAUGAAAAAGACCCAGAGGAGUUCAUCAGCGUCCUCUUUCAGAAGGUGCUCUGCAUAGAGCCACUACUCAAACUCAGGUCAGAAGGUGAAACCUCGCAGGGGGCAUACACCCUCCAGAUCUUCCUUGAAAAAGAGCAGCUGCCGCAUAUUCCAACAGUCCAGCAGUUAUUGGACACAUCAUGCAUGUCAGGGGACAUUAAAUUUGAAACUGUGCCAUCCUGUCUGAUAGUUCAGAUGCCAAGAUUUGGAAACAUGUACAAGAUGUUCCCCCACAUCAUUCCCUCCAUGGAGCUGGACAUCACAGAUGUUCUGCACAAUUCUCCACGGGAAUGCUUUAUCUGUGGACGUUUGGCAGAAUUCGAGUGUCCUCAAUGUCUGCAAGAUCGCAAACUGCAACCAGGGAGGAUCAAACAAUUCUGCCUUACCUGCAGCACACAGGUGCACAGCCACCCGUCUCGGGGCAGUCACUUUCCCCGUGCAGUAACGCUUCCUGCAGAUGCAGAUGCAGACACACCUGUGCUCAGGCACACCAUGCAGCUGUUUGCUGUACUUUGCAUCCAAACCAGCCACUAUGUGUCCUUUGUCAAAUAUGGCCCUGAACCUCACUCGUGGGUCUUCUUCGACAGCAUGGCCGACAGAUGUGGUGACGAUCAGAGUGGUUACAACAUUCCAGAGAUCCGAGCCUGUCCGGAGCUCGGAGACUUCCUGUGUCAAUCAGAAGAGGAGCAGGCCCGCUCCAAUCCUCUUCAGGCUCCAGAGUUAGUGCGAAGGCUGCUGUGUGAUUCUUACAUGUUGUUAUACCAGAGCACGGACGCACCGCUUUCAAAGCCAAACAACCAAGAAUCUUAAAGGCACUUAAGGACGAGGACGCUAUGUUCCAUAACAGUCUUUAACUAAAUAUGUGUGUUCACUUUAUGCACUUUAAUACAUCCAGACAGCAGGAACUGGAAUGGAUGUUGAUACUAUUACAAAAGGAAGGGAGUUUAUGUAUCAUACAUUAUUUAGUAUGAUAUAAAUAUAUUACAUACUUUAUAGUGUAAAACAUUUUUUUUUGCACAAGUUAAACUCUGAUCUGUUCUUCAUGAAUGAUCACGCCUUGUGGUUAUUUGUCAAAAUCUCUUUAAUAAAUGCAAUGGCAGAUCAUA